UUAAUUUUAGAAUUAGAAUUGAAAAAGCUGGAGAAGCUAAAGAAUAUUCAGUCUCCAAGCUAGAAGAUCAACAAAGUAGGAAAUGCACAAUUUUGAGGAUGAGUUAACGUGUCCUAUUUGUUACAGUAUUUUUGAAGAUCCUCGUGUACUCCCAUGCUCUCACACAUUUUGUAGAAACUGCUUAGAAAACGUUCUUCAGGCGUCUGGUAACUUUUAUAUAUGGAGACCUUUACGAAUUCCACUCAAGUGCCCUAAUUGCAGAAGUAUUAUUGAAAUUGCUCCAACUGGUAUUGAGUCUUUACCUGUUAAUUUUGCAUUAAGGGCCAUUAUUGAAAAGUACCAGCAAGAAGACCAUCCAGAUAUUGUCACCUGCCCUGAACAUUACAGGCAACCAUUAAAUGUUUAUUGCCUACUAGAUAAAAAACUAGUUUGUGGUCACUGCCUUACCAUAGGUCAGCAUCAUGGUCAUCCCAUAGAUGAUCUACAAAGUGCCUAUCUGAAAGAAAAGGACACGCCUCAAAAAUUGCUUAAACAGUUAACUGACACACACUGGGCAGAUCUUACUUGUCUUAUUGAAAAGCUGGAAGAACAAAAAUCUCGUUCGGAGAAAGUGGUCCAAGGUGAUAAGGAAGUUCUUUUCCAGUAUGUUAAGGAGCUUAGUGAUACAUUAGAACAGAAAAAAAAAUUUUUUCUAACUGCUCUCUGUGAUGUUGGCAGUCUGAUUAAUCAAGAAUAUACUCCACAAAUUGAAAGAAUGAAAGAAAUAAGAGAGCAGCAGCUUGAAUUAAUGACAUUGACAACAUCUUUACAAGACGAGUCUCCACUUAAAUUUCUUCAAAAAGUUGACGAUGUCCGCCAACGUGUGCAGACCUUGAAACAAAGACCACUUCCUGAGUUCCAACCUGUUGAAAUUUAUCCUCGAGUAAGCCAAGUAUUGAAAGAAGAUUGGAGCAGAACAGAAAUUGGACAAAUUAAGAAACUUCUCAUUCCUGAAAUGAAAAUUUCUUCAAAAAGGAUGCCGUGUUCCUGGCCUGAUAAGGAUGAAAGAGAAGUUGAAUUUUUUAAGAUUCUAAACAUUGUUAUUGUUACACUAAUUUCAGUGAUACUGAUGUUGAUCCUCUUUUUUAACCAACACAUAAUAACCUUUUUAAAUGAAAUCACUUCAAUAUGUUUUUCUGAAGUCUCUCUAUCUGUUUACCAAAGUUUAUCUAACAAUCUGCAUGAUUUAAGGAAUAUACUAUGUCACACUUUAUAUUUACUGAAGGAAUUCAUGUGGAAAAUAGUUUCUCGUUGAAAAUUCAAAUCUGAAUUGUUUAAAUAGGCUUAUUCUGUACAGCAGAGACUAACAACCAUUGCUAAAUGGAGAAAUAGGGGUAGCAUGGAUAAAUAAAAUAGCAAACUAAACUUAACUAGAGUCGCAACAAAUACACAGAAACAUGUUAAGCCUUUCAUGCUUCUGUUGGAUAGAAAUGUGUCAAAGUUAGAAAUGAGACAAUGUCGCUAGUUUUCAGACAUCUGAAAACUAGAAUAAAAUAUAUUAAUUACUUGAGUAUUAAUACAUGAUCUCAUUAUUGGCUUGAGGUUGACUUAAUCUCACUGUGACAUUUAAACAUUCUUGUACCAAUAUUGUCUUUUAGCCUUAUUAUAUACUAUAGUGCCUUACUUUGCAGUUCUUUAUGUAUAUAUAGCUUUUAGAUUACAAAAUGGCAAAAUCCUGAAA